AUCAUGUCAGGCGUGUGGGUGUUCAAGAACGGAGUGAUAAGGCUUGUGGAGAACCCUAACCAGUCAGGAGCCGACACACACAGCCGAAGGAAAGUGAUGGUCUAUUUACCGACAGGAGAAGUGGUCUCAUCUUACUCGACGCUCGGACAGAUCCUCCAGGGUCUUGGGUGGGAGAGAUACUUUGGCGGUGGCGACGCAGACCUCCUCCAAUUCCACAAACGCUCAUCCAUUGAUCUCAUCUCUCUUCCUAAAGAUUUCACCAAAUUCAAUUCCGUUUACAUGUACGAUAUCGUCGUCAAGAACCCUAACUACUUUCACGUCCGAGACUCCCAUUGAAACUUUUUUUUUUGUUUUUUGUGUUUUGUGUGUGUGUUGUUUGGUUUAACAAUUUGGUGUUUUUUUUUGGGUUUCUAUUUUUAGUUGCAUGUGCAUGUUUUA